GAGCAUGCGUAAGAAAUGCUAACAGCACUUGUUAGCUCCUUAUCGUUGUAAACGGAAACUUCGAUUGUUUCACAUUUAUUCGCGUUCAGUCUGACUCCGGUUUAACUUUCAGGAGCUGAACCAGGACGUGAAAGCAGCGAGCAGCGUUCGCCUGCGGCUGUUUGGAGCCUGACCGAUGGGGCUCGUUUAUCCGCAGCUCAGGAACAACCUGCCGGUCGUAACGCCACACCUGACGGGGCCGUCCCUCCGCUGCGGAGCAGAGGAUGAUAAAGUUUGUGCUGAUGGUGAACCGGCAGGGCCAGACCCGGCUGUCCAGGUACUAUCAACCCGUGGAACUGAACCGGAGAGCGGCGCUGGAGGCCGACGUGGUGCGCUGCUGUUUGAGCCGUAAAAAAGACCAGUGUUCGUUUGUGGAGUAUAAAGACUUUAAACUGGUCUAUCGUCAGUACGCUGCUCUGUAUAUUGUGGUCGGAGUCACAGACUCAGAGAACGAGCUGUCCGUCUACGAGCUGGUCCAUAACUUUGUGGAGGUUUUGGACAAGUACUUCAGUCGAGUGAGUGAACUGGACAUCAUGUUCAACCUGGACCGAGUUCACAUCAUCCUGGACGAGAUGAUCCAGAACGGACACAUCGUGGAAACCAACAAGAGCCGGAUCCUCGCUCCACUCACCGCCCUGGACAAGAUGGCUGACAGCUGAGUCUCCGGACAUACACAGGAAAUGAUGUCACAGGCUUUCCUCCUGACUGGCAUCAGGGAGUAGUUUAAGACUCGACUGAUGUUAACAGACAGUGAACUGCAGGGAAUCGAACCUGCGACCUGUGAUGAUGAAGGUGCUUUUGUUCUCAUUCCAAUAAAUCAGAUGAGAAUUAUUGGCCUCAUGACCCGUCCCUCUGCACCUCACACUCACCGAGGAACACCUGUACACCUGCUUAUUCAAUCAGCCAAUCACGGGGCAGCAGCAGACACUGGUCAG